AAAUGGAUUAGAGAAGAAAAAUGAACAGUACACUUGGGAUUCCUUAUUGGAGUACUAGUGCAACCAAAUUCAAUAGUUUAACAUUGCGGUGAAGAAACUAAAAUUAGCGUCGAAAAAUAUAACGAAGAAGGAGAAAAAGUAGAACGACGGAGAUAAGCAACGUUUUUGGUUUAUCGAUCAACAAUUUGAAGGGCUUUGAACUCAUAGUAUAUCAUAGCCACAGACUCAGCAGAGCUAAGGCAUUGGAAAUGGGAAACACGAGGAAUUUAGCUGCUGCAGAAUCUCUCUUUGUUAUUCUUUUCUUGUUUUGUAUCUGUGGUACACAUGUUUCUGCUUAUACAAAGUACAACACUGGUGCUGGUGUUGUUGAAGGAAAAUUGAAUGUUCACUUGGUUGCACACUCCCAUGAUGAUGUUGGUUGGUUGAAGACUGUUGAUCAGUACUAUGUUGGCUCCAACAAUAUCAUUCAGGGAGCAUGUGUUGAGAAUGUGUUGGACUCAGUAAUUUGGUCUCUUCAGAAGGAUCCCAAUAGAAAAUUUAUUUUUGGAGAAAUGGCAUUCUUCCAUCGAUGGUGGGUAGAACAAAGUCCUCAUACACAAGAACAAGUGAGAAAGCUUGUGGAUGCUGGUCAACUGGAAUUCGUAAAUGGUGGUUGGUCUAUGCAUGAUGAAGCCACGUGCCACUACAUAGACAUGAUUGAUCAAACAACAUUGGGACAUAGGUUUAUAAAGAAGGAGUUUAAUACAACACCUCGUGCUGGUUGGCAAAUUGAUCCUUUUGGACACUCUUCUGUGCAGGGUUACCUAUUAGGAGCUGAGCUAGGAUUUGAUUCUGUACACUUUGCUAGAAUUGAUUAUCAAGACAGAGCUAAGCGUAAAGAUGACAAAUCUCUUGAAGUUAUUUGGCGUGGCUCCAAAACAUUUGGUUCUUCUGCUCAGAUUUUUGCCAACACUUUUCCUAUUCAUUAUGGUGCUCCAACGGGUUUCAACUUUGAACUCUCCAAUGACAUUGUUCCCUUACAGGAUGAUCCUCUUUUAUUUGAUACCAAUGUUGAGCAACGAGUCAAUGAUUUUAUUAAUGCUUCUAUUACCCAAGCGAACGUGACAAGGACGAACCAUAUCAUGUGGACAAUGGGUGAUGAUUUCUCGUACCGAUUUGCAGAAACUUGGUUCAGGCAAAUGGAUAAAUUAAUUCACUAUGUUAAUAAGGAUGGUAGAGUGAAUGCCUUGUAUUCUACUCCAUCUCUUUAUACCAAUGCCAAAAAUGCUGCAAACCAAUCGUGGCCACUGAAAACCGACGACUAUUUCCCGUACGCUGAUGGCCCAAAUGCUUAUUGGACCGGAUUUUUCACAAGCCGACCAGCCUUAAAGCGAUAUGUUAGGAUGCUAAGUGGAUACUAUUUGGCAGCGCGUCAACUUGAGUUUUUCGCGGGAAAUAGAUCAACUAUAUACAAUACUUUUGCCCUUGGAGAUGCUCUAGGAAUUGCACAGCACCAUGAUGCUGUCUCUGGAACUGCCCAACAACAUACAACUGACGAUUAUGCGAAGCGGCUGGCUAUAGGAUCCACUAAGGCUGAAGCUGUUGUUAGCUCUUCUUUGGCAUGUCUAACUGGUAAGAAAUCAGGUGACCAUUGUUCAGCACCUGCAUCAGCAUUUUCCCAGUGUCAAUUACUCAAUAUCAGUUACUGCCCUCCAACAGAAGACAAUAUUCCAGAAGCUAAAGAUUUGGUAGUGGUGGUGUAUAACUCCCUUGGAUGGAACCGUACCGAUAUUGUUAGAAUACCGGUUAAUGAUGCUAAUCUUGUGGUCAAAGAUUCAUCUGGCAAUAACCUUGAAGUGCAAUAUGUGGAUGUCGAUAAUGUUACAACAAAUUUAAGAAAUUUGUACGUGAAGGCGUAUUUGGGGGUGUCUCCGAAACAAGCACCAAAAUACUGGCUUCUGUUUCAGGUGUCUAUACCUCCACUUGGAUGGAGCACAUACUUCAUUUCUAAAGGAGCUGGAAAAAGUACAAGGAGAAAAGGAGUCAUGUCCCAUCUAAAUAGUAAGACUGGUGGGAACAUCGACAUCGGGCCGGGAAAUUUAAAGAUGUCCUUUUCUUCAAUCUCUGGACAACUCAAUCGGAUGUAUAAUACCAGAACUGGAGUUAAUAUACCAAUUCAGCAAAGCUACUUUUGGUAUGCCUCUAGUAAUGGUGGUGAUGAUGGUUUUGAUUCUAGUGAUGGUCAGGCAUCCGGUGCAUAUAUAUUCCGCCCAAGUAAAUCCUCUCCAAAUAUUGUUUCAAGAUCGGUGUCCUUCAAAGUAAUUCGUGGACCGCUAGUUGAUGAGGUUCGUCAGAAGUUUAGUCCUUGGAUUUACCAGGUUACUAGGUUGUACAAAGGCAAAGAACAUGCUGAAAUCGAAUUCACUGUUGGUCCAAUUCCUUCCGACGAUGGAGUUGGAAAAGAGGUAAUCACAAGAAUGACAACAAAUAUGGUCACAAACAAGGAGUUUUAUACUGAUUCUAAUGGAAGAGAUUUUCUGAAACGGGUUCGAGAUCAUAGGGAAGAUUGGCCACUUCAAGUUAAUCAACCUGUAGCAGGAAAUUACUAUCCAAUCAAUCUUGGGAUUUAUACUAAGGAUAAGAAAUCUGAACUCUCAGUCUUAGUUGAUCGUGCCACCGGUGGAUCCAGCAUCAACGACGGUGAAGUGGAGUUGAUGCUUCAUAGGCGCAUUCUCCAAGAUGAUGGCAGAGGAGUAGAGGAACCACUUGAUGAAGAUGUUUGCGUAACCGAAAAUAGUAACUGUGAAGGACUAACAGUCAGAGGAAAUUACUAUGUCAGUAUUGACAAUGUCGGAGCUGGUUCACGCUGGCGCCGUACAACUGGUCAAGAAAUUUACUCACCACUUUUAUUGGCUUUUACACAUGAGAAUGCAGAAAAUUGGAAGUCUUCUCAUUUGACAAAAGGAACUGUCAUAGAUUCAAAUUACAGCUUGCCACCUAAUGUUGCCCUGAUAACUCUUCAGGAGUUGGAAGGUGGAAGUGUUCUUCUCCGUUUGGCACAUCUAUAUGAGCCAAGUGAAGAUGCUCAGUAUUCAACAUUAGCCAAAGUUGAACUGAAAAAGUUGUUCCCUACAAAAACGAUAAAGGAGUUGAAGGAGGUAAGUUUAUCAGCUAACCAAGAGAAGUCAGAAAUGAAGAAGAUGACAUGGAAUGUUGAAGGGGACAAAAAAGGACAAGAACCUCAACCAGUUAAGGGUGGCCCUGUCAGCACUUCAGAUUUUAUCGUCCAGCUCGGUCCAAUGGAAAUCCGUACUUUCCUAUUGAAAUUUUGAAAACUAGACUCAAACUAGAUGCUAACUCGCGUGUUGCGCGGAUAUAUUUUAAUUUAUUUAAUUUAAGUGGAUUUUAAAAAAAUCAAUAUGAAGUUUUAUGUCUCAGUUGUCAAAUGUUUAUUGAUAUAGUAGUAUAUCAAUAAUAUAUAUUCAAUUUUAUUAAUGUAA